UGCUGCUGGAGGCGGCCGGUCGCUGCCUCCGCCUGCGCGGCACCGCGCUGCCAGCGGGAAUGCGGUGCGGGGCUUCGCGUCGAGUCGGAAGCGCCGGGCUGCCCUUGCCUUGCUGAAACAGUUGCGUGUCGACGGCGUUGUAGUACGUGAUGUCACGAGGGUGUUGGCUUUGAGGAAUUUCGCUACGGAGGAAGCAGUUUUGAUAAUGCAGGCAGUAUUUUCAAGACCUUUGAAUAUGCUCUUGGUUUCUCUUUAGUUAGCUCGGAGCGAACGUACAGAUGGAUACGUGCACACGUUUGUUUUUGGUAAGGAAUUAACAUGCAGAGCGUUGGAGCCAUCUAAGUGGAUACAAUACCUUGAAGGCAAUGUCGAGUCAGUCUGGAUUUUCGAACUCUGUGCCUCUCCCAGGAUACCCAUUCUACCAGGUGCCAUGCAGCCAUAAUCAGCAGACCACGUCAUUUAGACAUCCUGUGACAGGACAGGUUUCUCCAGAAAAUAUUGAAUUUAUUUUGCAAGAAGAACAGAAUUCACCUAUGUCCAAGCCACAAAUAAACCAAAGACCUUCAAGCAUGGUCAGUGAAUCAUCCACUGCAGUAACUAUGUCUGCUGUUGAUACAAAGCCUGGUUCUAAGGUAAUGAAGGCUGGAAACAAAGUUCAUAGCUUUGGAAAGAGGGAACAAGCUAUCAGGAGAAAUCCCAAUGUUCCUGUGAUAGUAAGAGGCUGGUUACACAAACAGGACAGUUCUGGUAUGCGACUAUGGAAAAGACGAUGGUUUGUGCUUGCUGAUUAUUGUUUGUUUUACUAUAAAGAUAGCAGAGAAGAAUCUGUGUUGGGUAGCAUACCAUUGCCCAGCUAUGUAAUAUCUCCUGUUGGACCUGAAGAUCGUAUAAAUCGCAAAUUUUCUUUUAAGGCUGUCCAUACAGGGAUGCGGGCAUAUAUUUAUAAUAAGAAUUCUGUUAUUGGCUCUCAGGCAGAGCAUUCAGGGAUGCGGACGUACUACUUCAGUGCAGAUACCCAGGAGGAUAUGAACAGCUGGAUUCGGGCUAUGAACCAAGCUGCCCUUAUGCAAACACGCUCUUCACUGAGAAGAGAAACUGAAAAGGCGGAUCAACGAGCUGUUCCCCAAGUCAAUCAUGUGGAUGCCUGUAAAGUGUGUGUGAAGGCAGAGAUUACCGGCACAAAAGAAAGUUAUCAAAAAUCUGCUGAAAUGCUUGGAUAUGAUAAGCGUGAGGAGAUAAGAAGAGACAAAGAAGAGGAGGAGCGUUAUAUCCACAGAAAGGAAGCUCUAGAAACUAAGAAGGGAAAGGCUAAGCAUGCGUUAACAGAAGCUGAUUCAUUAUUUCCAGAUUUAACGAAUGCACCACGAUCCCAAGUAGCUCAGUCUGUGCCCAUUGAGAAGAAUGGAACGCUUCCUAGUUCAUUAAGUAUGAGUGCUGGCCUAGUGGAGCAGAAUGGUACCGGCUCAUAUAAAAGAGGGUUUGUUCCCAGGACAAAUCCAGAUAAACAGAUUCAAAGAAAAAGUAAUAUGGCUCAAGUGGAGCACUGGGUAAAGGUCCAAAAAGGAGAUACAAAAAGCCUUGCUUCUGAUCUGACUCUCACAUGCCAGGGUCCCAAUCCACCACCUUUUUCUGAAAACUAUCACACUUUGCCAAAGAAUACCAGGCAGCCUUCAGGGAGCUCACCGCCACCACUGAGUCGCAAUUUGCCGAGUGACUACAAGUACGCACAAGAUCGUGUUAGCCACUUGAAGAUGUCCCAGGAGGAAAGGAAAGCAAAUAAGGAUGGAACUGUUUGGCAGCUUUAUGAGUGGCAGCAGAGACAGCAGUUUAAGCAUGGCAGCCCCACUGCCCCGCUUUAUGUAGGCUCUUCGGAUUUUAUGGAUCGGGGUAAGUCAAAAAGUUCGUUGGAUGUUCCACGAUCAGUAUCUGUUCCACCCUCUCCAUCUGAUAUUCCUCCACCUGGACCUCCAAAAAGCUUUCUCCCGAGGAGACCGCACACUCCUGCAGAAAGGCUUACAGUUAAACCAUCUGACGAGAGACAGACUGUAGACAGUCCUUUCGCUGGAUCGCCUAGGAAGAUUCAAAGUAAUGCUCUAAAGAGCUCAACUCACAUUGAUCGACGCUCGAUGCCAGCUAUGGGCUACAUGACCCAUACUGUGAGCGCACCAAGUUUGCAUGGCAAGUCGGCUGAUGACACUUAUAUCCAGUUGAAAAAGGAUUUGGAGUAUUUAGAUCUGAAGGUGUCGGGACGUGACACGCUCAAAGAGCGAAGUACGAAACCCGUCAAGGUUGCAGAAAGUGAUAUUGAUGUCAAGCUGAGUGUUUUCUGUGAGCAGGACAGAAUUCUGCAGGAUUUGGAGGACAAAAUAAGAGCUCUUAAGGAAAAUAAAGAUCAGCUGGAGUCUGUUUUGGAGGUGUUACACAGGCAGAUGGAACAAUACAAAGACCAACCACAGCAUGCAGAAAAAAUUUCCUACCAGCAAAGACUUUUGCAAGAAGAUCUUAUACAUAUUCGGGCUGAAAUAUCCAAGGUUUCAACGGAAAUGGAAAAUGCCUGGAAAGAAUAUCUGAAACUAGAAAAGGACGUGAGCCAGCUGAAAAAAGCCUUACAGGAACAAAUGAAUAGUUCAUUGGUAUCUCAGGAGAAAACACAAAUACAAAAAGACUUGUGGAGAAUUGAAGAUGUUACAGCUGGCUUGAGUGCAAAUAAAGCAAAUUACAAAACAAUAGUGGACUCCAUCAAGAAUCCAGAAAGAAAAACAGUGCCUUCGUUUUCUCAGUCUACAGUGCCUUCCUUACCGGCUUCUCUCACAACCGUGGAGAGCAAACCUUCAGUUCCACAAAGCCCUCCAUCCAGCCUGGUCAAACCUUCCCUAGAGGUGAGACUGUAUCCACAGCCUUACUUCCAGGCCAGAACGCAGCAACAAGUACCACAGCUGAAAAAAAUUGAGCCACCUCUUCAGUCGCCAGUUAGGCUAAUGCCAAAGGUUGAAGAUGAAGCACCGCCCAGACCACCUCUUCCUCAGUUAUACAGUCCUGAAGAUCAGCCACCAGCUGUUCCACCACUCCCAAGAGAAGCCACUGUCAUCAGGCACACGUCAGUGCGAGGCCUGAAACGUCAGUCGGAUGAAAGAAAGAGAGACAGAGAACUAGGACAGUAUGUAAACGGAGAUUAUAGGGUAGAACUGCGUUCGUAUGUGAGUGAACCAGAAUUAGCAAUGAUAGGCAGUGACCUCAGCCAACCUUCCAGUGGUGUCGUAACUGUUGAUAGUGGAUACCAGACAUUGCCUACUCGUGGCUUGUCUGGAUCAACUUCCAGAUUGCAUCAGUCAUCUACCAUUUCAUCAUAUGCAACUCUUCGAAGAGAUAGGUCCAAGGAGAGACCAAAGAGUGCCUUGGAACGUUUAUACUCUGGAGACCACCAAAGAGGCAAGAUGAGUGCAGAGGAACAACUAGAAAGAAUGAAACGACAUCAGAAGGCAUUAGUUCGUGAACGCAAGAGAACCCUUAGCCAAGGAGAAAGGCAGUCUGUUUCAUCUCGGUCUUUCAUCAGGCCCAUUUCUGCAGACAUAGGCUCAUGGAAGCGAGAGCAAGAAUUUGAUUUGCAGCUACUUGAGAGGGCAAUUCGUGGAGAAGACAAGGAUGAAAAUGAAUGGUUAAAAGUUCAGCCAGUAGCAGUAGCGGUGACAGAGACAGACCUGGAGCCUCAAGACUACGAUUUAGACAUCAGCAGAGAGUUGUCAAAACCUGAGAAGGUUGCAAUUCCAGAACGUUAUGUUGAAUUGGAGCCAGAAGAACCUCUUUCUACAGAAGAACUGGCAGCAAGGCAGCGUAAAGCAGAGAAGAUAAAGAAUAUUCUUACUAAAUCAAGUAUGCACAAUCUACAGCCUACUGUUGCCCAGGACAAGCACAACUCAGUUGAUUUAGAUUCACAGCUCCAAGAGCAGGAACGCAUCAUUACCAUAUCAUACGCUUUGGCUUCUGAAGCCUCUCAGAGGAGCAAGGAGGUAGCAGCUCAGCAGUUGACCUAUCCACCCAAAGCACCCUCACCUUCUGUACCACAGCCACCUCACUCUCCCUUAAGCAAUGGAUUUCACUACACAUUUGUUUAAACACCUUAAAACCAAAGCAGUAAGUGAGCAAUGAUGUAAGAGUCGAAGGCAAUCCCACCCCAGUGGCGCCACGUGGAAGAAAGAGGAGAUUGAUUACAAGCACUCUGUGAAGGCAUUCACUGGCUGAUCACAGGUUCUUUCUUUUGGAAAAUAUGUUCAGAGAAUAAUGGGGGAUUUUCUAUGAAAAUGGAGAGAAUUGCUUAACAUCCUGUUUUGACUUCAGUUUAGUUCAGACUUUUUAUGUGAAUGAAUGGCACUUUUAAUAAACUCUGUAAAAUACUGACAAUGUAUUUUUAGAACAGAAUGUAUUUUGGAAUUUGUUUAAAUUAAGGGCUGAAUUCAUUUGAAGAGGAACUACUUGCAUAGUUGUUACGAGAUGCUGUUACUUCCCCCUCAGGCUCAGAAGCACAAUGUAAAGUUUUAUGGAAAAAAAUGCAAGUUGAACAAUCCUAGAAACAUGUUUGUAGGGUAUGGGUAGAGCUAACCCCACUUGAGAGGUUUGCUGUAAGGGUGUUUUGGGCUGAGUACCUUAGCAGAGUUAAUCACCCACUCUUUUGCCCAUGGAAUAAUACAUUGCAAGGAACUUGUAGUUUGAUUUCCUAAAUCUCAGCGUAGCUGAAAUUUUCCAUGAAAGCCAUUACAAAAACCAAUUUUGAACUCCAGUUUCCUUUUUUGAUUGCGUAUGAUUAGCUUGCUGGUAUUGAUACACAGCAUGCUACAUUGCUCCUGACAGUAGUGACAACCAGCUAACAAAGUAUAUAUAUUUUUUGAAAGUUGAGAUAUGGAAGAAGGAAACUUUUAAAUUAAAGUAUGUCACGUAAGCAAUAAGAAAAAUAGGAUGUGUCAUUUUACUAGUAAAUAUAUAUUUUUUCUUCAGAAUACCUAUUCAAUAAAAAGUACAAUAUGACGUAUUGACUAGUGUUUAUGCUGGAAACAGUAAAACUGAUGGAAUGUGGCACCUGCUAAUUUUACAUGUAAGUUCACCUCAUGCUUUACUUUGCCAAACUUUGAAAUUCAGCAUUCUACUUACAUGGCGAAGGUGAGGUGGCUACGAAAGGAGAAAAGAAUAUGAAAUGAAUGGCUACAAGUGCUUUACCUGGAAAAAAUAAAAUAAAAUACUGAGUGCAAGAGAUGCAGAAAUUGCCCAAUAUUAGGUAGUUGAGUUCAGCUCUAGAUAAAGAACAGCUGAGAAAUAAUUUGCAGUAUUUUGUGAUACUACUAACUUGUUUAUAUGCCAUAUUCAAGUAAUAGAUACAAAGCCCUGGAAACUGAUUGAACUUCAAGUUUCAGACUUUGAGUCAAAUCAUAUUAUCUUAACACUGUAGUCGGAAAUGUUCUUUAAAAUAUAUAUUUAGCUAAUGUUAUCUAUUUUACCUCAAUACUGCCAGUAUCAACUUCAAAACCUUUUUGCCAAAACAAUGAUUUAUUUUUGCCUUUAUAAAAAAGUUUUGAGAGCGUAAAUGAAUAUUUUGCAAGAAAACAUUAAUUUAAAUGUAACAGUUUGGAAAAUGGUCUAUGUACAGAUUAAACUAUUAACAUAACUGCC